AUGGAGAUUGGAGAUGGACGUAACAUAAUUGCGGCAACGACUGACAAUCCCACCGUGAUGAAAGCAUUCCGACGGAAGUUCCAAGAGAAAUUUUACUGGACCUUCCCAUGCUUUCUCCACGGCCUCAAUACAAUCAUCGGAGAAAUUUGUGCACACCUGUUUAUGAAGCGGCAUGUGACAAAAGCUACUUGGGUAGUGACAUUCUUCAAUGGGUCCCACUACUGGGGUGGUCAGCUGAAAGAACAGGUGAAAAAGGAUGGCAUCAACCGUGGAUUGAAGAAAAACUGCGAGUCUCAUUGGUGUGCACUUUGUCGGAAAUUCCUAGACAUUAUUUUAAGGCCUUGUAAUACAUUUUAA